GUCUUGAACGAAACUUAAAUUCCGUAUUCUUGCCACUAGUUUCAUACUAGCCUACGUCGCUGACAUCACCAGGAGAACGCAGUGUCAUGGUCAGUCUAUUAUUCCCAUUCUACCAGCUAUAAUACCCUAAUGGAAAAGGUAGAGAGGUUACGAGGUCAUCUGAGAGUGAAAAUAUCUUCAGAAGAUUGUGCUUCCCAGCUAAUGAGGACUGGCUGAGGAUGAUGAAGAUGACACAGAUACAGGGGACACCCCAGCAGUGUCAGGGGCUGCAGGGACCUCUGUGAUUGUUGACCCUACCUCAUCCCUGAUUUCCCCAGCUCUGCAGUGGCUCACCAUGGCCACUCGGAGGACACCCUUGGUUCAAACCAGCUUGGUCAAAGACUUUAACCACUUCAUUACCUGCUACCUGUGCAGAGGUUACCUGAUCAAACCCACCACGGUCACUGAGUGCCUGCACACAUUUUGUAAGAGCUGCAUCAUCCAGCACUUUGAAGACAGUAAUGACUGUCCCAAAUGUGGCAUUCAAGUCCACGAAACGAACCCUCUAGAGAUGCUAAGGUUGGACAAUACCCUUGAGGAAAUCAUUUUCAAGCUUGUGCCUGGAUUACGAGAAAAAGAGGGACAGCAGGAGAUUGAUUUCUGGAGGAAGAAUAAGUCAAAAGAAAUUUCACAAGGAGACGGCCUUGUGUCUAAGAAGCUUGGGCUCAGUGAUGAGGAUGGGGAUGAAGAUGACCAGGAUUACCACAGGAGCGACCCCCAGAUAGCCAUCUGCCUCGACUGUCUCCACAACAAUGGCUAUGCUGCAGACAACACAGUGAAGUGUUUAAUGAAGAAGUUCAUUCAUUGCUCUAGUCGAGUCACGGUGGGAACCAUCAAGAAGUUUCUCAGUCUAAAGUUAAAGCUUUCUAGCUCUUGUGAGCUGGAUGUGCUGUGUAAUGGGGAGAUCAUGGGGAAGGACCACACUCUGGAGUUCAUCUACAUGACCCGCUGGAGGCUGCACAGUGACAAUAGAUAUCCCAUGGUCCUGGAGUACAGGCCAAGAAUAGACUUUGGCUGAACGAAGCCCUGGAAGCCUUCAUAGACAAACAAAGCAAUGACUGGAUGCACAUGCAGCCAAGGCCAGGAACUCUGUCCUUCCAAACCUUUCUGAACUUCCCUACAUUUGACCAUUUAUUUUUUCUUUCUCCUUCUGUUUCAUUUAGUUGCGACUUUUGUUGCUGAACAUUCUGUGUCCUUCGUUGCUGAACAUUCUGUGUCCUUCGUUGUUGAACAUUCUAGUGUCCUUCGUUGUUGAACAUUUUGUGCUUGUGGCCAAAGUGAUCUUCAAGACAAGUAACUAAAGACAAGCGUAGCUGAAACAUAGGUGUAUGAAUAUAUCAAGUUGUAUUUACUCCAACUCCAAGGGCUUCCACCCAAUGCCUGACUAAAACAUGUUUUAUGUCUUUUAUAAAUGCACAUAACAUAUCCACAGAUUUGCCCACCAUCAAUCAAUUAGGGAAAUUUGCAUAUGACAGGGCACCUUUAAUAAUGUUGUCAACAAGUUUCAAAGAGUCUAAACCGAAGCCCAUUCGUCUUCAUUCUGUUCUAGGCUCAGUUAAUAACCAGUCUGACAAGCUGCUGAAAUCUACAAACGCUCUCUGGCAGAGGCUGGGCAACCUGCAGGAUGGGGAGAUAAACAUUAAGCCUCUCUCUCUCUUUCUCUGUCACACACACUCAACCCAUACUGCGGUGUGAUUACCCUGGCUCCUGCCAAUCUCAGACUUGUGCUAAUAGCUUUUUUGGCACCGUUCUGAGUGAGGAGGUAUUACAUUUUAGUUUUUCAGAUUGAUCAUAGUAUUUUUAGACUAGAGAUUUAUUAUCUUACAUGUUUUUAAAGGGAAACUAAUGGUGUGUACAUUUCAUAUUGUUACUAGACCUUUGAGAUAUAAAUGUGUUUUAUGAAAUAAAUUACAUUACAACAUGAGAGUAAGAUAUAUGUUUAAUGGAUCUUGGAUAUCUUUGAUCACAAAACAGCUUUUUGCACUGUAAGAGCUGGUUCGCCGUAAAGCUUAUUCUAUUAGCGUUGAGGUGUACUGAAGCGGUCUCUUUCAGAGUAAUUCAGUAUAGAGAGUAUACGGUGUCUGCUUCCUUACCUAGUCAUCUCAUGUUUAGCCUUUAAAUCUAUGUUGAUAUGAUUUAUAUGUGAAGAACAUUGAGGUGAAGACAAGCUGUCCUUCUGCUGAAAAAUAGGAUGCAUUUUGGGAACAUGUACAUAUUCUUAUGGUUAACGUUUUAUGCUGCUUAGAAUAUAUUUUUUUAAAUGUACUGCCUGUGAAGAAAAAGAGCUGUGAAGAAAAAUUGUUCAUAUCUGUACUUGAUUUAUAAUUAUUAUUCAUUAAUAAAUUAAAUGUUUUUUUAUUUUA